UUGCCUCGCCAACUUCGCCUCGCCAACUUCCCCUCGCCUCUUCGGGUCUCCGGCGACUCAGACUGAGGCCUCAGAAACCCCUUGGUGUCUGCGGAGCCCAAGUGGGGGUCGGGAUCAGAGGGGCUUUGCGACUGGCUGGCUGCGGGAGCCGCGUGCUCUGAUUGGCUGCAGGCGCUGUCACGGUGAAGCGGUGCCCGCCUCCUGCCCACGCGGGUGCGGUGAGCGGGCGACAGGUGUGCGGGGCAGCGCGGGUGUGGAGCCGCCGCCCGCCGCGCUGUAAGUCCGAGGGGGACCGAGCCUGACCCCGGCGUCUAGCACAGGGGUCACGGAUCCCCAGGAUCGCCCUGGAAGAAGGGUUGACACAGUCGUGUUAGGGGCAGUCUCUUCCCCGUUUGCCCCGUCCUGGUCCCUCCCGGACUCAGAUCUCCCACCAGACCGCACUGGGGACUUCUCUGGAGGCCUUGCGCGGUCCCUUCCAGCCCACGCCCGCAGCUGAGCCACGGCCCUGGGGGAGGCCCGAGACUGGCCUGGGAGUGCGAGGAAGAUGCUGGGUCGCAGCUUCCUGUCCCUUCCUAGGCUCCCUGCGCGCGGAGAGCGGGUCCUCGGAGCGGCGCGCGCCCGGCGAGGCCGGCGGGGCGAUUGAGCCGGGCCUCGGGGAGCGACGAGCUGCCUCUCCUGCGAGCCCGGGGCCUGGGCGUUGCUCUGCAGCAGCACAGAGCGCUAAUAGCUCCUCUCUUCACGGCUAAGCAGGUCUGUCCGCGGCCGAUUACGUUCCCGACACGCAGCAGCCAUACGAGAGAGGCGCUAAUAUCCCUUCUUCAGAUGAGAACUCCGAGGCUCUGAGACCUCCACUCCCUCAAAGUCACUAACUAGUAUAUGCUGGGGCUGCAACUCACACCAGAUGUGUCUGAUGCCUUCUACCACCUCAGUGCUGUGUUUAUGAAUAGCAGUUUUGUCUUUAUAUAGAUGACCAUGCAGCCUGCAAUUCAAGUAUGGUUUGGGGAAGAUCUACCGCUAAGUCCUCGGAGCCCUCUGAUACCCAGACACGGACCGGGACUGGCUGACGUUUGUCAGUAUGAUGAGUGGAUAGCUGUAAGGCACGAAGCCACCCUGCUGCCUAUGCAGGAGGAUCUGUCCAUCUGGCUCUCUGGCUUACUGGGUUUUGAAAUUAAAGCAGAAAAAUUAUUGGAUGAACUUGACAAUGGAGUACUAUUAUGUCAAUUGAUUGAUGUUCUUCAAAAUAAAGUGAAAACAUGCAAUUCUGAAGAAGCAGGGAAUUUUCCACUGAGAAAAGUGCCUUGUAAAAAAGAUGCCACAUCGGGUUCAUUCUUUGCCAGAGACAACACUGCAAACUUCCUCCACUGGUGCAGGGGCAUUGGGGUUGACCAGACAUACCUCUUUGAAUCUGAAGGUUUAGUUUUACACAAGGAUCCAAGACAAGUGUAUCUUUGUCUUCUUGAAAUUGGUCGCAUUGUGUCAAGAUAUGGGGUUGAGCCACCAGUAUUAGUAAAACUUGAGAAAGAAAUUGAGUUAGAAGAGACUUUGCUUAACACUUCUGGGCCUGAAGAGUCCAUCAGCAUCCCGAAAUCCUGCUGUCGGCAUGAAGAGCUGCACGAGGCUGUUAAACAUAUUGCCGAAGACCCUCCCUGUAGCUGCUCACAUCGAUUUUCUAUUGAGUACUUAUCAGAAGGCCGGUACCGACUCGGGGACAAAAUACUCUUUAUAAGGAUGCUUCACGGAAAGCACGUCAUGGUCCGCGUUGGUGGAGGCUGGGAUACUCUUCAAGGAUUUUUGCUUAAAUACGAUCCCUGUCGGGUAUUACAGUUUGCUACUCUAGAGCAAAAGAUCCUAGCAUUUCAGAAAGGAGUUUCUAAUGAAAGUGUGCCCGAUUCGCCCGCCGGAACACCUCAGCCUCCCGAAAUGAAUCCUCUGUCCGCCGUUGACAGGUUUCAGAAACAGAGUCUGCGGCCUGGGGCUCCGCUCGGUGCCCGGAGCGGGAAGGAGAAGCAGGCGCGGCCGCUGCGAGGGCGCCCGGGCCCCGCGCCCGUCGGCCCCAAGUUCCCGGCUUCCCGGGCAGCGCCUGCUGGGCCCAAGCUCGCGCCUCCUCAGGGUGCUGCUCCCAGCCCCGCGUCCUCCUCCCUCGCCCCUCUACAUCCAGCCUGCAAAACCCCCGCCUCACUCACUUUCUCAAGAAGCAGCCCUAGCCCCUCGGAGACCCUGGGGAAGUGUGGCGCAGCGCCCAGCAGGCCCCAGGCCCCGGCUCUUCUGACCCAGACUCCCAGAGCUCCGGCCGCAGCUCCACCUUCGCCAGGCAAACGCCCGGGAAGCACGGAGCCCUUGAGCCGCAGUCCGGUUUCUCGCAGGCGUGAUGCACCUGUGGGUUCGUCAUCGAAGUGCCCCAGGGAACCAAGGCCGAAGUCCCCUUUGCAGUCCUCCGCAAAAAUGACAAAACCCCGCUCCCACACCCCGGCCACAGGUCGGGGGGCUCCGCCUCCCGGGGGAGCCUCGCAGGCAGUGCUGACCCCCUCCCGGAAACUCAUCCCAGCCGGGAAGGUGAAGCAGCCAGGGUCGGUGGCCUCGGCUUUUCCCGCCAGAGCUGCCCCGGGACGGAAGGAGACGGCUGCAGUCUCAGCGGCCAGGAAGCCGCCUCAGGAUAAAAGCGCUCGCCCGGGGACGGGGCCUGGCUCCUCAAGGCCUCCCGGCCGCACCCCGCUGUCCAGCGUGAGCGUCCCCCAGACUUGCGCCCGAGCCCAGAGCGCGCCCAAGUCGGCACAGCGCGCGGCGAAGGGCCAGCACUGGGCCCCGGGGCCCGCGAGGGGCGGCAGGAGCCCGGCGGCCGCCAGGAAGCCUCCCUCGCCUCCCUCGCCUCCCUCGCCCGCAGCAGGUGCAGAGCGCGGAGACAGAAAGCCCAGCGCUGAGAAGAAGGAAGGCGGGGACCACUAUUUCGUCAUGACUGGGAGCAAGAAACCUAGAAAAUAAACACCUGUGUGUCCCUGAGCAAGCAGGGGAGAGGCGCGAAAUACGUUCGCUCGCUCAUUAAAACUGGCCUGCGUGUUCGUGGGACAGCAGCAGUCACUGGGGACAGCCAGGUGCAGGCUGGAGGCCCGGACGGGAGAAUUCAGUCUGAAGUCACCGGGAGGCGCCCUUGCAGGCAGGAUUCCUACUCAUUAAUAGGCGGCUUGUGAUUUUCAGUCCGGAGCAUAUUUGUUAACGCCUGCCCUUUAGCGGAAUGGAAAAGUCAAAUAACACUACUGGAAUCAUAAUUAUACUUGCUGUAUUUUUGAAUAGGUUUUAAGUAUGGAGGUUAUAUACUCGCUAAUAGUAACAGUGGUGCUUUUAAUAUUGGCUGCAUUUUAGUGAAAAAGCAACGGUUUGACCCUUGUUCUACAGAAGGCAACUAAGUCAGUUUCCGGAUCAGGAUUGCCUGAUCCAGCAAUACUGUGUUACAGUGGCUGCUGCUUAUCAGCUUAUUCUGGUUUGGGAGAAUUCUUUUUUUUUUUUUCGUACCAGGAAUCGAACCCAGGGCCUCACGCUUGCUAGGCAGGCGCUGCACCCCGGCCCUCCUGUAGUUCUUUCUUUUGGUCCUGGGGGUCGAACUCCGGUCCUUGCGCUUGCAAGGCAGGCAGCAGAACCACUGAGCCCUGGGAGAAUUCUUAUUUAACCUUAAGUUUUCUAAAUCAGGAGGAGCUGAUUUUUUUUAAGCUGGCUUGUAUUAAUAAUGAUGAUGUUUUGUUACCAAGAUUUUUGGUAACAAACAAAUUAAUUUAUUGAAACAUAAACUGAAAUUUAGUAAAAACUCAAAUUAAGAUUUUCAUAUAUUACUGUAAAAGUUUAGACACCUUACACUUUUAGAUGGAUUUUGUGCAAUGUGACAGGGAAAACCCACUUAGUAGCUUUUAGCAAAAUAAAAUAUUUUAAUUAAUUUUCUAUGAAAGCAGGUAUGAAUUUUUACAUUAAAAUAAUGUUUUAAUAUCAGAAUUAUGUUUUAACAAUUUUAAAAUGUAGAUAUAAAAGGGUUUUAAAUUGAUACUCUAAAAAUUCUAUCCUAUGAUUGUUUUUCUUUGGGUCGGAUAAUGCCAGUUUUAAUUAGAUGCUUUUAGUUAUGUUAAUUUUCUUUAAUAAAGUCAUGCCGCCUCAUUUUUCCAUGCCAGUAGACGGCACGUGUUUACAUGUCUCGCUCCGCAGGUGGAUUCUCACAAAACACAUCCGGGUUAUGUAACGACUACAUAGACUCCACCCAUCCAAGAGGGAGGAUACUUGUAAAUAAUUUAUUUAAGGGACUGGGACUAUUUAAAUAUCAUUAAUGUAUUUUGAGAAGUUUAUGGGUGUUUUGAAUAACUUUACAGUGUUAUCACUUAUCACAAGUUUUAUAUUGAAUAUUGAGAUUUGUGUUUGUUUUAAUCUCAAAUAUGUUUUCUAAAGGAGAAUAACAGUUUACACAAAUAGCAUCUUAAGCUGGUUACUAACGUUCAGUUAAUCAAAGGUAUAGUCAGGCUGCCUUUUGGUGUAAUUAAUGGAUCUCUUAAAACAGACAGCCAUCAGAUAUUUGGUUUAGUUCCUGAAUUGUUUUGGACAUUGAGAGAAUAUUUACACCUUUGGGAGUUAAAGUCAGUGUUCAAGAGAUAGUUAGGAGCCUUACUGUUUUAGUAAUCAGAAAUGUUUCGUGCAUCUUUUGAGGAGGAAGAAUUUUACCUUCAUGAAGUUUAUUCUAAGAUCAAGCAACACUUCUAUAUUAGUAACUUUUAGAACUUAAGAAAAAGGAAAAGAAAAGGAUAUUGUAGCCAGCCUAUGGAUUCAAGUAGGUUUUGUAAUGGGUAAACAUUAAUUUUUGUGUUAAGAGAAAUAAAAAUAUCCCUCAGGUACCUAGCACAAAUUCCAGAAUUAAUCAAAGAAUUGCUUAUUUUAAAAAUUUGAAAUCAACUUAUAAAUCUAUUGUUUAGUAAGAGAGAAUUUCUCCAGUUGUAUUCAUGUUGGAAGAAUGUUUAUUUAUGUAGGGCUUACCUUUAAAUAAUGUAUGCUUUCUUAAAAAUGGAGCUUUUAUUUUUCUUAGCUAUAAUUUGUUAAUGUUACUAAUACAUAAAACUUUAGAGGAAAAUGGAAUGCUGAUUACUUUUAUACUCUGCAGGCUUCAAGGAGGCCUUUAAGGCUCGUGUCUUCAAAAUAGCUUGAUAAAUUAAAUGACUUUGAACUUUUCUCUCCAUGCUGAAUUUACAAUUUUUAACAGCAGAGGCAGUUUCUAAGGAAAAAAUAUUUCUUCUCUAUCCUCUUCAUCUCGAUCUGCUUUAAAAUCUGUCACUUCUUUACAAGCCUUCAGUAGCACGGUGUUAUGAUACAUUCCUAGAUCCUGGCUUCUACACCGACUCUGCUCCAAUCCACAUUUGUGUAUUAUUCUUUACUUGUGCUAGCAAUAUUUGUAUCUGAUUUUAACUUACAUUUUCUCAAGUAUUAAAGUUGAAAUAUGAA